GCUGCCAUUGGGAGCCGAGCCGCGCCGAGCCGAGCCCAGGCAGCCGCCGGUCCCGCUCUUCCGCCAUCGCCAUGAGCUUCUUGUUUGGCAGUCGCUCUUCCAAGACCUUCAAACCAAAGAAGAAUAUUCCUGAGGGGUCCCACCAGUACGAGCUGCUCAAACAUGCCGAGGCCACGCUGGGGAGCGGCAACCUGCGCAUGGCCGUGAUGCUUCCAGAGGGGGAGGACCUCAAUGAGUGGGUGGCAGUUAACACUGUUGACUUCUUCAACCAGAUCAACAUGCUCUAUGGAACCAUCACGGACUUCUGCACAGAGGAAAGCUGCCCUGUCAUGUCUGCUGGCCCCAAGUACGAGUACCACUGGGCAGAUGGCACCAACAUCAAGAAGCCCAUCAAGUGCUCCGCACCCAAGUACAUCGAUUACCUGAUGACCUGGGUCCAGGACCAGCUGGAUGAUGAAACGCUCUUUCCUUCCAAAAUAGGCGUACCAUUCCCAAAGAACUUCAUGUCAGUGGCCAAGACAAUUCUCAAGCGUCUGUUCAGAGUUUACGCCCACAUCUACCACCAGCACUUCGACCCGGUGAUCCAGCUGCAGGAGGAGGCACACCUUAACACUUCUUUCAAGCACUUUAUAUUCUUUGUUCAGGAAUUCAACCUUAUUGAUAGAAGAGAACUUGCACCACUUCAAGAACUGAUUGAAAAACUCACCUCCAAGGACAGAUAAAAGGAAGAGGACUUCUUGGAGUCACUUGUUUCUUUAAGCGAGCGUGUGGUAUUUGUUUUUUGUUAAUUGUUUUUUUUU